AAUUUAGAGGCGUAACCCGGAAAAUCUCUGUCAUUGCAUCAGGCGUCAACAUGCUCCUGGUUGGUGGAAUAACACGCUUGUGUUUCAGUUUAGCUUGAUUUUAUGCGUUCGUUUGGAUUUGUCGCUGCUGGAUUGAUCAAAUAUAGAGGAUCGCACUGUUCAGCGGUCGCUGGUCGACUCGGAACCGACAUGUGUAAAGAACCGAAGACUAAACUGCUCCGCUUAUACCCGCCAACCUCCAACGGGCCGACGGUUCAUCAAGAGACCCAAACAGAUGACUCUGAAGUCCUGAGCUGCACAGUGAAGGCUCUGAAAGACGGUCACAUUGUCGCCGUGCCGACAGACACCAUCUACGGCCUGGCGUGUUUGGCCCAAAACUCUGAGGCUGUCAAAAAAAUCUACGAAGUGAAAGAACGGAACGGACAGAAGCCGCUGGCGAUCUGUGUUGGAGAAAUUCAGGAUAUCUAUCAGUACUGUAAGGUGAAGGUGAAAGAGGGUCUUCUAGGUGAUUUACUGCCUGGUCCUGUCACUCUUGUGUUUGAAAGAUCUGGAAAGCUGAAUACAAAUCUCAAUCCUUUUACUUCACUUGUAGGCGUUCGUAUUCCUGAUCAUGCCUUUAUGAGGCGCCUCUGCCAGAUGUGUGGGGAACCACUGGCACUGACAAGUGCCAACAUCAGCUCGACGACCAGCACAGUGGAAGUACAUGAGUUCCAGGAGCUCUGGUCAAAACUGGCUGUGGUGGUGGAUGGAGGACCAAUAGGAGACGAGACCCGGCAAGGGUCAACUGUGAUUGAUCUGUCGGUAUCUGGUAAAUACAAAGUCAUCAGACCAGGCUGUGCCCUUUCUGCCACGCUUGACGUGUUGGAGCACAAAUACGGACUGUCAGAGAACUCAAAGGAGGAAUGACCUUUAGACCCUACGCACUCCAAACGCACGCUAAUACGCACAACCGGUUCUGACCCGAAGAAACUCAGGAAAGUAAGAAUAUGAGAGCUGGACAUUCCCAUGGAAAACAAAAAAUGUAGGAAAAACCUGAGUCUGUCAUCGCAGAUGGUGGCUCUCUUCUCAAACUGAGAGUUGCUUUUUCUUUUUGCAUUUUAUUUUUUUGUUUGUUUUUUGCUUAACCACUGAUCAUGAUGUGGUGUAGAGGUUCAACAUGUCUCGGUUUAGUUUAUUCAGGAAUUCAAUAAAUUAAGUAAGCUGAAUCUUC